AUGCACUUCACCACCGCCAUCUUCACCACCCUCGCCCUGGCCCUCACCGCGACCGCCGACCAGCGAAUCUGCUUCCCCAUCCCCGGCCAGCCCGCCACCGUGCCCCAGGACAUCCUCGACCUCGACACCCAGACCAAGCUCGACUGGGCCGCCGACCUCUGCAAGCAGUUCACCUACCCCGUCGACGGCCUGCAGACCGUUUUGACGCCCCUCGAGGAGGGGAUCCAGGGCUCUGACGGCAAGAUCUACGGCCUGCAGGUGUCCCUUCAAUACAUUCGCACAGAGGACCAGUGCAACGUGGAUGCCAACGAUUUGGUCGGACCCGAUGCUUGCCCCGGCGGUGGCCUCCUGACGCUCAGCACUCCUUUCGAGCAAUGGACAUACCUCACUGCCCUGAACUAA